CUUGACUCUGAAUACUGAUCAUGGGGAUAUCUUACUGGACUAUUCGAAGAACCUUGUUACGGAAGAAGUGAUGAAAAUGCUGAUGGAACUGGCAAAGUCAAGGGGUGUGGAAAGUGCCAGAGAGCGUAUGUUCGGUGGAGAGAAGAUCAACUUCACUGAGAACCGAGCUGUGCUUCAUAUUGCUCUGAGAAAUCGUUCCAAUGUGCCAAUACUUGUAGAUGGAAAGGAUGUUGUUCCAGAAGUAAACAAAGUGUUGGACAAAAUGAAACACUUCUGUCAGAGAGUCCGUAGUGGUGAAUGGAAAGGCUACACUGGAAAGGCAAUCACUGAUGUGGUUAAUAUUGGGAUUGGUGGCUCUGACUUGGGCCCUCUGAUGGUAACUGAAGCCUUGAAGCCGUAUUCCAAGGGAGGCCCUCGUGUUUGGUUUGUAUCCAACAUUGAUGGUACUCAUAUAGCCAAAACCCUGGCUGAGCUUAAACCAGACACUACGCUCUUCAUCAUUGCAUCAAAGACUUUCACCACCCAAGAAACUAUCACCAACGCAGAAACGGCUAAAGAGUGGUUCUUACAUGCUGCUAAUGAUCCUUCAGCUGUGGCCAAGCAUUUUGUUGCCUUGUCUACCAAUGGUCCUAAAGUUAAAGACUUUGGAAUUGACCCAGAGAACAUGUUUGAGUUUUGGGAUUGGGUUGGUGGCCGCUACUCUCUGUGGUCUGCCAUUGGUCUCUCCAUUGCCCUGCAUAUUGGUUUUGACAAUUUUGAGAGCCUGCUUGCAGGAGCCCACUGGAUGGAUAAUCACUUCCACACUGCUCCACUGGAGAAGAACAUGCCUGUUCUGUUGGCCAUGCUAGGGAUCUGGUACAUAAACUGCUAUGGAUGUGAAACCCAUGCCCUUCUGCCCUAUGACCAAUACAUGCACCGCUUUGCUGCCUAUUUCCAGCAGGGUGAUAUGGAAUCUAAUGGCAAAUACAUUACAAAGAAAGGUUCUCGUGUGGACUACAGUACUGGCCCUAUUGUGUGGGGAGAGCCUGGCACCAAUGGGCAGCAUGCUUUUUACCAGCUCAUUCAUCAAGGAACUCGCAUGAUUCCUUGUGACUUUCUGAUCCCAGUCCAGACCCAGCAUCCAGUCAGAAAUGGCUUGCAUCACAAGAUCCUUCUGGCCAACUUCCUUGCUCAGACUGAGGCCUUGAUGAAAGGAAAAACUGCUGAUGAAGCUCGUAAGGAACUUCAAGCGGCAGGACUGAGUGGAGAUGCUCUGGAGAAGCUCCUUCCCCAUAAGGUCUUUGAGGGAAAUCGACCAACCAAUUCUAUCAUGUUUACAAAACUCAACCCGUUCACUCUGGGAGCCAUAAUUGCCAUGUAUGAGCACAAGAUAUUUGUUCAAGGAAUUGUCUGGGAUAUUAACAGUUAUGACCAGUGGGGAGUUGAGCUUGGAAAACAACUUGCAAAGAAAAUUGAGCCUGAACUGGAGUCAGAUGCUCCAGUGACAUCUCAUGAUAGCUCAACAAAUGGGCUCAUCAAUUUCAUCAAAAAACACAGAGCCUGAAAUGAAAGAAUUAAGAGGACAUCGACAAUCCAACCACGGAAUACCCAAAUCUGUUGUAGUUGUGCUUUUUUAGCCACUUCUAACAAAAAUAGCACUUUACAGAUGUAGCUUUUUCACUUGUUGCAGUUAAUCUUGUUGCGUCAAGUGUUACAAAUGAAAACUAGUUUUGUGAAACCCAGAGAUCGUAUAGUUGCUUUCUAUUUUUGUGGCUGUUAAUCUGUAAAGUGCAGCUGGUAUGUUCCUCAGUUCUUAUCCCUCAACUUCCUUAAAGAUGAUCACAUCCUGGUAUUAGGAAAUAAAAGAUAUGAUGGAUGAGUAAAACUACUUCACUCUGUAUCUUUAAAGUGCA